AGUGCAUGAAUUAGAUCUAUCUAAAAAAAGUUAAUUAAAGAAUCAAUGAAAGCGAAAUACGGACUACCUACUACGUUACGUACGUCCACCACAUCCCGUAUGUUGUUGUAAAUUGUAAUAUUCUCUCACUCUCUUUACGAGUAACUGUUACCGUUUCGUUCACAAAUCACAAGUCAGUCACACACCAUUCAUUAUUUAAUUAAAAUCAAUUUUUGCGUGCGACAUCACUACCUCAUUCAUUCAUUCACCCUCUAAAUACUUCACUACAUACAUUACAUUACAUUUCUCAAAUUCUCAAACGCGAUUAUGGAUUUAAGCUCAAAACAUUAACAUCAAUACCAUACCAUAAACAUUCAUUCCAGGUUUGGAAGUAAAUUUGGGAGUCGUCGGUCAACAUGUUCCUUCUUAGAAGGCAAAACCAAAAUCAGCCGGAGAAUGGUUCCUCGAAUAAUGAUGCUAAGUUGGCUGAACUAAAAGCUGCUAUUGGGCCCUUAUCUGGGCGUCGAUUGAAGUAUUGCACUGAUGCAUGUUUAAAGAGAUAUUUAGAAGCACGGAACUGGAAUGUUGAUAAAGCCAAGAAAAUGCUGGAGGAAUCAUUCAAGUGGAGGUCUACUUAUAAGCCAGAGGAAAUCCGAUGGGCUGAAGUAGCACAUGAGGGAGAGACGGGAAAAGUCUCCAGAGCUAACUUUCAUGAUAGACUUGGGAGAACAGUGCUUAUUAUGAGACCAGGGAUGCAGAAUACAGCAUCGGAAGAAAAUAAUAUCAAGCAUUUAGUCUAUCUGUUGGAAAAUGCCGUACUUAAUCUUUCCGAAGGUCAAGAACAAAUGUCAUGGUUGAUAGACUUUUCAGGAUUUUCAUUUAGCACAAAGCUUUCUAUUAAAACUGCUCGUGAUAUUAUUCACAUCUUACAAAACCACUAUCCAGAAAGGCUUGGUAUAGCUUUUCUGUACAAUCCACCGAGAAUAUUUCAGGCUUUCUUUAAGGCUGUAAAAUACUUCCUGGAUCCCAAAACAGCCCAGAAGGUAAAGUUUGUUUAUCCUAACAAUAAGGACAGCGUGGAGCUGAUGAAAUCACUCUUCGACAUGGAUAACCUUCCUAGUGAAUUUGGUGGAAAAGCUACUUUAGAGUAUGACCAUGAAGAGUUCUCGCGGUUGAUGACUGAGGACGAUGUGAAAACUGCCAAGUUCUGGGGACUUGUUGAUGAGAAGCCCUUCGCCACUAAGAAUGGCCAUUCUGGUGCAGAGGUAGCACCAGAACCUGUGGCCAGUAUAGUUAGUUGAUUCUGAUUAAGUUUUCAUAUUAUAGCUGUUAUUACAUCCAAACUAUAUUUUCUGGCUAGUUAAGGAGAUGAAUAAACAGUGCUAUAUUGUUUCUUUCAACUUCCUUCAUAAUCGCUAAUUGUUGUAAUCCUUACAUUUUCAUUGAUAUUUCAACACCUCAAUAAAGAGAGUAUUAAAUGUG